AUGUCGAAGCGGAUGGUGAAAGCGAUCAUGAAGGAUCAGAAUUGUCAAAUUCUGCUUGAACUCAUUAUUGGGGAGUUAAAAGCAAAUGGUUAUUCUAGUAGAAUGCCUAAUGUUUCUGGUAAAAAAAGAGUUGAAAACAAAUUGUUUGAGUUGACUGGAGACAAGAACGUCUUUUGGGAUCCUGAGAUAAAGAACAAGAUGGCUUAUGAUGAGAUACCAUUUGAGCAAGAAGUGAACGUGGCUAUUGCUUACCUGCGUAAACUUUGGCAAACAAAUAAUCAGUUGAUGAACCGUACUGGUGUUGCGGUUGAUCCGUCUAGUGGACAGAUAGUGAUGCCUUCGUCUUGGUGGACAUAUCGGAUUGUGGAGUAUGGAAAAUCUGGAAAGUUCGUUAGUGUUUUGAAAAAGAAGCCGUUGCCAUUCAAAGAUUUAUUGGAUCAAAUAUAUGGUGAACAUGAUGUUGAGCAAAAUGAACGUUAUUCUCCUUUUACAUAUUCGGCACACCUGAAAGAGACACAAUCCCAAACACAAGAACGCAAUCGAGAAGGUACACAACCAGUUUUAGAUGUGAGCAACUUGUUUGCAUCUAAUGAUGAAGUACCCAAACAAGCAAAACGGAGAACAUGUAGCAGCCGUCCUCCAAGAAGAAAAGCUAACUUUGAAGCGCAAGUCGAGAGUGGAUUUCGACGUGUGAUAGAUAGCCGUAAAGAUUUGUUAGAAGAAUUACGCUCACGCAAAAUUCAAAAACUAUCAUAUGGUGAUGCAACAGCUAUCAUGUAA